UUCUCUUGUUUUGUUUCCGUUUCUUCCAUUUCCGUUUUAACUUUCCAGAAUCAAAAGUCUUGAUGUGUAGCUAGCCCUGAAAGUUUCAGAAGUUGUAAAAAGUCGUCUUUUACGCCCGGUUUUGCGGUUAUAUUACGAAACCCAAAAGCAUUCCAACAUGGCAACUGCGUUUGUAUCGAUUCGCGCGUCGUCUUCCCACCCAGUCGCUGGUGGAAAUUACAUUAGCGAAAUAUUACGUUUAAAGCUACACACCCAAAUAAUAAACGGGUUGACCGAAUGGAUAGCAUAUUUAAUAAAUAUGUGCGUCCCUUGUGUUUAAUAAAAGUGAUAACGUGCGGUAAAUCACAAAUUGGGCCUGUGCUCAAGCAAAGCCUCGGUGUUGCCUGAGAGUUUUCAGGACUUCAGAGACAGCUUGAGUGCGUUAACUUCACUAAUUACUGCACCUGGGACACACUUUGAUGUUUUAUAUAAGUUUGUGUCUGUUAAAAUGUUAGAAAAUAUGUAAAUUUAUGGUUUUAUUUUUUUGAAUAUUCGUAUAGUUCAUAUGGUAACACUUUACUGGAUACUUUUGUUUAGUUUAUUAUUAGCGUAAAACUGUACUUCCAGCAUCCGUUAAUGUAUAGUCAUGUUCUGCAUUUACUAAUAGAUUUAAAUCAAAUAUGUUAAGAUUAAUGUACUGUGGAAAGUGUGAACAAGCACUAAACAAUUUCAUGUAAAAACUAUAUAUUCAUAAAAAAGAAUAAUUGAUACAGUAAAAUUCGGAUGUCACAAAUUCUCGCUUUUAGUAUCUUAGUGUGAGUUUCUGUGGGUUUCAAAAAGUUUCCUUAAAGUGCUUAAAAAGACUUGGUUGGAGAAGAAGUUAUAAAGUCAUGAAAAAAAAACCAAACCUUAAACCUUAAAAGUAAUGCAAAAAACAAUUAAGUGCUUUCUCAGCACUUUUGUUUUCCUAUACAAACAAGGUAUAAUUAAUCAAAGAGGAAAUGAGGUUUUUUUAUUUGACAUAAAAACUCCUAUGGUUAAAAAAAACAAUGGAUUACUACUAUAUAUGUCAAUCACUUUUGAGUCUACUCGCAGAAAUGUGUUCUUUUCUCAAUUUUAGAGAAAACAACACCCGUAGCAUUUCAUUUUGUUCACAAAUAUGCAUCUUGAUUUACAAUUCUUUGGACAAUUCAUCUUAAUAAAGACAACAACACGAGUAAGGGCAUGAUACAGAAUUACAGGAAGUUGGACAAGGAGUUGAAGGGAUGUCGAAAAGUGAGACAGAGGAGAUGAUUGAAAUUGAGAUUGAUGGACGGGAGAAACAGGAGUGUUUAGAGGAAGGGAUCGAGGAGCAAACCAUCACAGCAGCUGAACUGAUCACUCAGGACAUUGACAUCAAUGAGCCGAUCGGAAACCUGAAGAAGCUGCUGGAGCCUCGUCUUCAGAUCCCGCUGGAUGGAUAUGACAUUUGUCUGCAGGACAUCCAAUUGCAUCCUGAUCACAGCUUGUUCGAUCAAGGAGUGAAGACAGAUGGCACAGUACAGCUCAGUGUGCAGAUCGUCACGAAACCCGGUGAAGAGAAGCUGAAUAUUCUGGAGAUUGUGAAGCCAGUGGAAACAGUGGAGGUGGUGAUCGAUCCAGAUGCUGCUGCUGGCGAGGAAGCUCAUCUGGUAGAGGAUGGACAAGUGAUCGCUGUGGAGCGAGCGGCCCUUCCUGAUGAGACCUCAGAGCAGGUGACUCGCUGGGCGGCUGCACUAGAAGGCUACCGCAAGGAGCAGGUUCGACUGAACAUUCCCUAUGACCCCGUGCAGUGGACAGCAGAUCAGGUUAUCCACUGGGCAGUUUGGGUGAUGAAAGAGUUUGGCAUUGAUGAAAUGGAGGUGGGUGGCAUUCACAUCCCGGGCCGGCAGCUCUGUGGCUUCAGCCAGGAGGAGUUCCUGCAGAGAGUGCCCAGCGGCGAGAUCCUGUGGAGCCACCUGGAGCUUCUGCGCAAGUAUGUACUUGCGAGUCAGGAUCAAAGUCAGGAAGCUACAGUCACCAUUGAUCAACCGGUGCAGAUCAUCCCUGCUCCUGUGCAGCAGGCCACACCUACAGCCAUUAAAGUGAUGAAGCACAACAAAACACCACGAGCCCCUCGCAUCUCAGGAGAGGAGCGCAGUUCCCCAGGCAACCGCACAGGUAACAACGGUCAAAUUCAGCUGUGGCAGUUUCUCCUGGAGCUGCUGACGGAUAAAGACUCUCGCGACUGCAUCUCCUGGGUGGGCGAAGAAGGCGAGUUCAAGCUCAAUCAGCCGGAGCUGGUGGCUCAGAAAUGGGGUCAGCGCAAGAACAAGCCCACCAUGAACUACGAGAAGCUGAGCAGAGCUCUCAGGUACUACUACGAUGGAGACAUGAUCAGCAAAGUGCAAGGCAAGCGAUUUGUCUACAAGUUUGUGUGUGACCUGAGGACUCUGAUUGGCUACAGCGCCGCCGAGCUCAACAACCUGGUGACGGAGUGCGAACAGAAGAAGCUGGCGCGGGUGCAGCUGCAGGGCCUCGGUCAGCCUGUAAACACAGUCACUCUGGCCACCGCCACAGGUCAACCCGUCACCACAGUUACUCUGGCCGCCGCCGCGCUGGACAAAGACAGCUGAGGAGAGACUCCCAGCCAAUCAGGAGGAAGACAGGAGCAAUCCGGGUUUGAUAUUUGACUUUGGGCCGGGGUGGGAGAACAGCGGGUUUGUAAGCAGAUGUGCGCUUUGUGUGUGUGGAUGAAUGAAUGUGUGUGUGGAUGUGAGAAAAGUAUAGAUGAUCACGUAUGAGCUUUCAGUUUUUUGUAUGCUUGUUCUCCGACUGCAGGGUAGCAUCGGCUAUAUUUCCAUUGUAUAUAACUCUAUGUUUUUGAUAGCCACGUGGGCGCAGUGUAUUUUGAUAUUUUCCAUUUGUAAAGGAUCUUUUUCUUUUUUCCUUUUUAUUUUCGAGUGUCCGAUUCCCUCAAGGUGAGGUACUUUUUACUGUCCACCAGAGGGCAAUAAAGAGACAGUUGGUUUUUUGAAUUU